CUAUAUAUUUCAUUAUAAUGAACAUAUCUGACAUAGGUAUUGCCGGAACAUAAUCUAGGAACAACAUGUCGAGCGAAGUCUUGUUCUUACUGGUUAUUUUGUUAACUUCUUUCUACAUACAGGAAAUUUAUGGUACAAGUUCCGAAGAUGGCACGUGCUGUAACAAGUUUGAAUGCGAAUACAAUAUCCUACUGAAACUUAUACAACUUGAAGAAAAGACCGUUCAGCAGGAGAAUAAAAUCGCAUCACUAACAGAAGAACUUAAAGGUGCAAAAGACACAAUAGCUGAAUUGAACGAAACAGUCAUCAAGAACGAAAAGUCUACUGAUGGUACCACUUACGUACGUUGGGGUAGGACGGAAUGUCCUAGUUCAGCGUUUCUAGUGUACGACGGGUACGCCGCUGGAUCUCAUUACAGUCAUCCUGGAACCGCAGCAAAUCCAUUGUGUCUACCUAAAGAUCCAGCCUAUGGCAAUCAUACGGAUGGAUUUCAAGACGCUGGUAGGAUUUAUGGUGCGGAAUAUGAAACCAACAAAUACAGCACAUGGAGUUACCUUCACGACCAUGAAAUUCCGUGUGCUGUUUGCCGCAUACCACGCAACAACGUCCUCAUGGUACCUGGGAAAAACGUGUGUCACGAGAAUUACAUGCUGGAAUAUAAAGGCUACCUUAUGUCUGAAUACUAUAAUCAUAAUGGGCCAUCUGAAUUUGUCUGUGUCGAUAAUGACCCAGAAAUGUUAAAAGGUGGUGUUGGGAACCAAAAUGGACGACUGUUUUAUUUUGUAGAAGGAGUAUGUGGCUCACUGCAAUGUCCACCCUAUAUAAACGGCUGGGAGCUUACAUGUGCCGUUUGUUCGUUUUCACCAGGUGCACAGUCUACAAAGCUUCAGCCGUACAUUUAACAUCAUUAAACAUUCAUAAGUAGACACUAGUAUUGAUAAUUUAACAUUUAGUGUAGUAUAAUGUAAUGCAUAAAAUACCAAAAAUAAAUCUCUAUCGCAGCGGCGUAAUACAUGCCUAAAAUAGCACAUCGGUAUUCCAAUUAUCGAUUUCAAUCUAUUUAAAGACGUUUCAAAGGACUUUUAGCCUAAAUAUGUCGACUUUCUUUGUAUCGAGAUCUCAGUAUCUACUAUUACUUUCAGGUGCAUGUGGUAUUGAUAUUGGUACGUUGUAUUUUUUGUGGCACAAGUUUAAAUUAACUUAAUCUUGCUUGUAAAUUUUUCAUCAAUGCAAAUACGAGGUAAAAACAGAACUACUGAAAGUCUGCCGCAAACCACGAUAGAAAAAUACUAUCAGGGCUUUGUGAUUAUCUCCCAUUUCUUAAAUAUACAUUAUCAUAGCAGUAGGUUUUGUGUGGUGUCGACGGUUGUUAUUAUAUUUGCUGUGUAAAAUGCUUAUGGUGUUUAAGUAAUAUAAAAAUCAUGCUUUCCUUAGA